GGUGGUCAUUUGAAGAAAGACUAUCAAAUGAGGAUUAAAGAAGAUCUUUUAAAAUAUUUUGGUGCUGAAAGUGUGCAACACAUUCCAAGACAUGGCAGAGAUAUGGCUGUACUUGCUAGCUUCAAGAGACAGGAAGACUGUGAAUAUGCCAUGAAGAAAUUACAUCAACAAGAAAUUUUAGGAAGAAGACUAAUGGCUGCUUACAAAGAACCUUCAUUAAUGUCCUCUAAACAACCUCAUCUAGACACAAGUGAAAGCUCAAAGGUGCAAGAACCCUCACGUGAAGAAAUUAUAAGGAAAAAAAUCAAGGAAUAUGAAGCUCGCCUGUCAUCUAUCUCAUCAGUCUUUAACAUCAAGCAUCCCAUACCACCUCAUCUCAAGUACUUGUAUCCACCACCAUCAGCCACCAUCAUGGCUAAUAUUGUUCAGGCUCUUAUAUCUGUUCCUAAAUUUUAUACGCAAGUUCUUCAUUUAAUGAACAAAAUGAAUUUACCAGCACCCUUUGGAAGUCUUAAAAUACUUCCUCCACAAUACCUUGAAGUUCUGAAAUUGCUGGGGCUAUAUUCUGAGAGGGAUCAUUUCAACCCCAUUGUUGAACAAGAUAAAUUAAGUGAUAAUGAGGAAGAGAUGCAAAAUAGUGAAAGUGAAGUAUCCGAGAGUGAAUCUGAAUUAGAAAGUGAUACCGAUGACGCCAUGGAAAAGCCAAAGAUGACAAAGCAAGUUAAGAGGCGCAUUAAACCUAGUAGAAUAAUCAGCAAGAGGCCAAAUUUUGCUUUAUUAAAAAAGACGUGUGUGUCACACCCACGUCUUUCUUCAUCCUCUGUCAGUGAAGCAUUUGAGAGCAAAGAUAGCUUGCAGUCCAAAAAAUUAGAAUUGAAAUUGAAAGGAACAUUACCUACUGAAACAGGUGCUACUCCUGUCACUGAUAAUUUAGAAAUUGGUGGCUUUGGAAAGAUAGAAGCAGUAAAGCAUUUGAAAGAGAAGCCUGUAGAAGAUAAUCCUGUUGAAUGGAAGGGAGAGUCAACAAAAUACAUAUCUAAAGAAGAGUUACAAAAUAACAGAAUAAAUAAAGCAGAUUGGGCAAUUUUGCCUGUUUUCAAAAAUUACCACAUCGGUGAACCAUCCCCAAAACUGUAUAUCAAGAAUUUAGCCAAGACAACCAGUGAGGGAGAUCUGAAGUUCAUUUAUGGCAACUAUGUAUUUUGGCACAAUGAAGAAGAAGCUAGUAAGUUCUCCAUUCGACUAAUGAAAGAAGGCCGGAUGAAGGGUCAGGCUUUUGUUACAUUUCCAUCUGUUGAGGCGGCAACAGAAGCUCUUAAUGACACAAAUGGUUAUAUUCUUAAUGACAAACCAAUGGUUGUUGCUUUUGGCAAAGUAAAACCUACGUAGCACCUGGUAAACUCCAAAUGUAUAUAUGGAUUGAGAUCCCAUAUUUCCAUCAUCGUUUGCGGGCUGAGAGGAUUACGAGUUGUGGAAUCUUUCACCAUUUCAACUCCAAUCAUCAAACCUUUCCCUCGGACAUCUCCAACCAUUUCAAAUUCAUCCCUGUAACAUAAUAAAAGCAAAUGUGUUAAAAAAU